AUGAACUACAACGCCAAGCUGAAGAAUGGGGGUAGGCCGCCCCCUGGGGCCUCCACGUAUGCCACCUCCAUCAAGACCUUCAUCCCCGUCACACUUGAUCUCCACGACUCCAACUACGCCAAGUGGCGUGAGCUGUUCCUCGUCGCUCUCGGUCGCUAUGGUCUCUCCAAUCAUGUUCUCUCAAAGAAUACCCCAUCGGAUACCUCCCUCACCUCUGAUUGGGGUCGCGAUGACUUCACUGUCCUCUCAUGGAUUUAUGCCUCGAUUUCUCUCGAGCUCUUCGACAUCAUCAUGAAACCAGGUUCCAUCACGAAGCAAGUUUGGGACACCAUCGCCAACAUGUUCCGAGACAAUAAGAAGAGUCGUGCUCUGGCUCUCGACGCAAAAUUUUGCAACACAACUCAAGGGGACAUGACGAUCUCCGCCUACCGUGCCAAGCUCAAGACUCUCUCCGAUGCACUUGAUGAUGUCAAGCAGCCGGCUCCCGACCCGGAACCUAUCCCUUGA